AUGUCGGAAGUCGUAUAUAUCACCACCGAACCCUCAGACCGGAUUCACGUAAAAGGAAUCACCCAAACGCAGCCCGAUUGGAUCCACCCGCAGCUAAUCGAAAGCACCGACGCGAUCAAAGGCCGCCAAUUUCGCGUUUCCGGUCCCAUCCCCAAAGGCGCCUGUCUCCUCGUCGAUUCCCCCUACGCAGUCAUUCCCGUCGUCGACGAACCCGCCCACAACGACAGUCUCAUCUGCAGCAAUCCUGCUUGUAAUAGGCCGGCGCCUCGCCAAGUCCGGACUCCAUGUCCAAAUGCCUGUAUCCCGGAUGUGACAUGGUGCGGCAGCAUAUGUCGUGACGCCGAUAGUCUUCGACAUGAGUUUGAAUGCGCUUGGCUCAAACGGUAUGCGGGGACUAUUCGGUCUAAAUGGAGUGAAUAUGAUUUUGGCAUGUUGUGGGUGAUUCUUCGGCUGCUUGCUGCGAGACAUUGCCAAUUGCACGAUGGGACAGCGGUUGGUGUUGUCGAGUUGACGAGUCAUUGGAAGCAUGGAUGGAGUGGUAUUGAGUCGCUCUGUGGUUCUGAGGAUACUUGGCCUCAUGACAUGGUCCGAUCUUGGUCUGCUCUUGUAAAGAAGUAUCUGAGGAGUAGUUCUGCUCUUCCCCAUGAGAUGAGUGCAAAUCGUGUUCUUCAUCUCAUUUGUCAGGAAGAGGCAAACUCAUUUGGUCUUUACCCACGAGAAACAGGCCAUUUUCCCCUGCCAACCCCUCCUGUCGACAGAGGCGAGCAGUUCGCUGCUGCUGUUUAUCCCACUGCGGCAAUAGCUAAUCAUUCAUGCCUGCCAAAUAUCAUCCACAAAGCCGAUGACAAAGGCCGCAUGGUCUUUACCGCCUCCCGCGAUAUUUUUCCGGGUGAGGAAUGCUGCAUCUCGUACUUUGACCUGACACAAUAUACGGAUCUUACUUCGCGUCGCGAGCAUCUUCGAAAAUCGUUCCGUUUUGUGUGUCAGUGUGAACGAUGUGUUUCUGAAGAGUCCGCAGACGAAUCAACAGAAUGGACUGCAAUGCCAAUGAUGGAUAUAUGA